CUCAAAGGAUAUAUAGAUUGACUCCUUGGGGCUCAAGCAGAUACAGAUGUGCGAAACCGGGAUAGAUAGAUGGCACCUCAGCACUACUAGUUUUGAGUAACGCUUGUUUGCUCGAAAUUCGAACUCAAGCCAACCACCACAGCCGCCUUGGGUCAUCAUACGGUCUCUAUCCUUCUCUGAAAGGAAAGGUUUCAAAGUGUGCGUCGCGAUCUCGGCCGAACGACCCUCAAAGAAUUAAACCUUCUGAUGGGCCCUUUCCAACAGCCAGAGCUGGAGCAUGACUUCAAGAGUCUGAUAUACCGGACAUCCUAGAACCUCAAAACAGGCUUCUGUACCUGACCACAGAGCUACUUUGCUCUGCUAUACCCAUGUCACAGCCAUGGGACUACAUCGCUAAGCUUGUCUGCAUUGGCGACUCUGGAACUGGAAAAUCCAGUUUGACAAUUCGGCUUUGCGAGGGUCGCUUCUCAUCCUCCCAUGACGUUACCAUCGGCGUGGAGUUUGGUUCUCGCAUCGUUCCAGUCGGCCCUCCUGCGUCAAAGAACCUUGGACUGGGAGUUGACGCCCAUACUCGCAGAUUUACGGCAUCACCUCCUCCUCGCAGGGUACCUGAGCAUCAGAAGAGAAUGAAGCUAUCUCUCUGGGAUACGGCUGGUCAGGAAACGUAUAAAUCUAUAACUCGUUCUUACUUCCGUGGUGCCUCUGGGGCACUUCUGGUUUUCGACAUCACCAGGCCUUCCACUUUCUUGUCUUGUACACAGUGGCUCCAAGAUCUACGGCAAAUCGCAGAAGACGGCAUUGUAAUUAUACUGGUUGGAAACAAGAGCGAUCUUGCAGACGACGGUUCAGUUUCGAGUCAAAGGAGGGUUACCAGGCAGGAAGCGGAAGAAUGGUGCCGCUUGAAUAAUGUCGCGAAUUAUGUCGAGACGAGUGCAAAAUCUGGCGACAAUGUCGAAUGCGCGUUUCUCGAGGUGGCUGAAAAGAUCUACCGCAACAUUGAAGCUGGUAAGUACGACCUUCAUGAUCGCCGAAGUGGGGUCAAGGGCUUUGGUGCUACUGGGGGCCAAAAUCCUGGUGCUCCUAAAACCGUCACCUUAGGCCUGAACGAUGCAAUGCGCAAAAAUGGAAAUGGUUUGGUUGGCAGUUGCUGCUAA